CAGAAGAAGAAAAAAAAGACAGCAAGAUUGGAAACCAGUAACCACCACCUGCAAACCCCCGCUGUCUCCUCCCAUCUCCUCGCCACAAGCGGCCUUUCUCCGAGGAAGCCGGCGAGCCGCCGCUGCGCCCUUUCCUCCUGCCGUGUUCCUCCGCACCGCCAUUCCCCACCGCUUCCCACCGGCAAGAUCUCGCGAGUACCUCGUUUCCCUCGGCGAGGCGAGCGGUGGUGACUUGGUCGAGAUGGAGGAUGUGGUUGAUGACGUCAUCGACGCUGCGAGCGCGGCCGUGGCCGUCGAGAACGGGGCCAAUGGGAAGCCAGCGUUGCCUGAUGGUGUCAGGGGGCAUGGGGAGGAAGAGCACGAGGAGCAGGCCAAUGGGGAUACCUCAGGGGAGAGCGAGGUGAUCAACCCGCUGGAAGAGGCCGGCGGGGAGGCCACCUCGCCCCCGGAGAGCAGGAAGCCUCGCCUUUCCAAGGGAGACCAAAGUCACGGUCCCAAGGCUGUCAAGUCUAAGAGCCCAAGGAGUGGAGAUGAAGGUCAGCCAAGGAAAAGAACCCCCAAUUCCUCUCUUCCUAAGGCACCCAUUGCACAUGUAUCUCGUCCAGUUUCAGGUACUGGCUGCCGGAACAAAGGCGAUGACGGUGUCGGCAGUAAUAAAGCUGAGAAGAAUGAGUCUCGCCCAGCUCCCAAGGAGGCAUCAUUGCUCCACGACUCAAAGGAGAAAAGGAAAACUCAAAAGCCAUCAGGUCAGCAUUCUUCCGUCAAAAGAGAUGAAGAAGAAUCGUAUUGUGAGAGCACCAAGCCUCGAAAAGUUGGCAGCACUCCUUCCUAUGGCUUCACCUUCAAGUGUGAUGAGAGAUCUGAAAAAAGACGAGAGUUCUAUUCAAAGCUUGAGGAGAAGAUUCAUGCGAGAGAGCUAGAAAUAAGCAAUUUGCAAGCAAAAUCAAAGGAAACAGAAGAAGCUGAACUCAAAAUGCUGCGGAAUAGUUUGAAUUUCAAAGCAACACCAAUGCCCAGCUUCUAUAAGGAACCAACCCCUGCUAAGGUUGAGUUGAAAAAGGUUCCCCUCACCAGAGCUAGAUCACCGAAGCUUGGCCGUUCCAAGAACAAGUCCACACCAGAGACAGAAGAAAAUACUACUACAAACCAGCCAGUCCGUCUGAGCCUCGAGGAAAAGGUUGCUGUGAAAAAGUCAACCCCAUCAAAUUCAGUGAAGAAGCCCCAGAGGAAGUCACUCCCCAAAUCGCCAUCAGAGAAAACUGGUCCACUUGAUGCCAUGGCAGUUGGUGCUCAGGAGACAGGAUCUCCAACAGAGCAGUUACAAGGAACAGAGAUGAACACAGAUUUUGUUCAGUGGCCAAUCCGAGCUGGAGUUACUCCUGAUGAACAGGAGCUUGGUAAACAGGUAGUCACGUAGCGAAGAUCAUGGUGACCAAACCAACUGAUUUGUGAUGGAUGGUGUGCCUCAACUUUGUAUAAUGUUGCGCUUGUCUAAGUAUCUACUCGCCUGUAUUAUUGUAUGAUCAACUCUUACCUCAUUUUCUUGGAGUUUAGCCUCUGUGUUGCUUGUCUAGAUAUUUUUUGUUCAUAAUCUAAAGAGUCCAAUUUUCCAAGUCAUUUGCGGUUGGUAGUAAAUGCAAAUGAUAAUCUCCUAGUCUCUAGUGCUGCUAAUAUGAACUUUGGGGCCUGCUUUACUAUUAUGUACAACCAAGCAUUAAGAACUUUGCUUUAUUCUUUUGGAAAUGAUGUAACUCUAACGUCCGGAUGCAUCGGACAGGAUGGUUCGUUCAGCUCAUAGCUUAUUAUUGGGCUGAUUUAAAAUAUUAUCUAUUUGAGUUUAUUUUU